CAGACAGACAGACAGACAGAUGACAUCCACCCCCACACGCUUGCAGCAGAUCUGCUAUCUAUCGACCUGGCCGCGAUGCUGCAUGCCUUCCUUCCCUCCCGAAGGACCCACCACCUUUGCAAGCCACCCUUGCUGCACUCAGACUGCACCCGGCCAUCCCACCCGUCCAGCAGGCUAGCUAGCUACGUGUUUGCUGGCUGCGCUAUAUAUCGUGAGUGCUACAGUCAGUGAGUCAGUCGGCGUUCUUGUCGUCCCUGUUGUCGUCCUUGAACAAGUGUGCGUUGACGACAUCUGUGACGGCACUCAUCAGGCGGAAGUUUGUGGGGUUUUUGUCCAGCCACCGCAGUAUCAGGGCCACCUGCGGAUGGCCAUUCCAUACCAAACCACAGCCAGAGACUAGUACUUGUUUCUAUACCCAAUGAAUGCGAGCCGCUCGCCUUUGUCUGCUUGGCUUGGUUACUUACCCCUUCUGGCAGGUUGAGUUGUGGGUCUUGUGGCUCAGCUAUCAGCUGCUGCACAGACGGCAACUGAUUGAUGUCAGACACAGAGACAGACAGACAGGUGGUCAUGAUCGGUCUCGUCCCCUGACUCCCUCACUCACCCGCAGCACGUAGAGUCUGAAGACGUUGGUGGCGAGCUUCUUGCGCUCCACCUGGAGAUCGCCAAAACUAAAGGCACACACACAUGUCACACACACACAUACACAUACACAUACACAUACACACGCGCACAGUGCCCAGGUGUGGGCCGUCCGUCUCUGUGAUGUCCUCACCCACCCGACAAACGCCCGGAUGAUGUCCCCGAUGCAGCCGAAUGUGUCUUGGCUCGAUAUGCAGAUGUCCGACUUGGCGUGCUUGAGAAGCAAAUCACACACCGUCGACACGAUCGAUUUGUCGCACGCAACCUGCAACAACCAGCACACAUACAGAGAGAGAGAGAGAGAAAUCAUCAUCACAUCACAGCCAGGCUGCGUGCGUGCGUGCGUGCCUUAUCGUCUCUGCGUGCGAUGUUGGAUGUGAUUGAAAUGCAGUCCAUCAGCGCGCCUCCCCAGAACUUCUGCACACGCAUCAUUUGCUCGUUGCGUACCAGACCCAUCACCGCAGGCACGAAGCCCGCAGCCACCACGGCACGCAGACACUCAUCUGGCAGUCCUACUACACAAAUGACACACACACACACACACACACACACAUACGCACGACCAGACACGAAAAUGGAGCCCAUGACGGCUGUGAUGUCACUCACGUACGUCACACACACAGGUACCUACCCUACCUGGGAGGGUGAGAUAAGAGGGUACGGCGAGCAGCAGGAUGACAUUGAAGUUGAUGGCGGCCUGGCUAGCCAUGGCCACCUCGACGGGCGGGAAGGGGGUGCCGUCCUCAUACUGGAGGCGACUGGGAGGCACCGCGGUGGCCACAUCGGUCUCCUCGAUGAGAAGGUCGAUGGUCCUGAGCGCAGAGGGGGACGCCAGCAGCAUACGAGUGGGCUCACGCAACACUGGGGAGGAAGGAAGCAACACGAAACACAUAAUAUGGGAGAAGGGGCAGAUCCGUUGUGUUGUGUUGUGUAUGGUUGGUGACCGUACUCGUCUGACCUCACCAUUGCUGACCGCUCGUCUGUCCUUGUUCGUCUGAUGGGGGUUGCUUCUGAGUGUGGCGGUGGCGGCACAGAGUGUGGCUCCGAUGAGGCAGGCAGCGCGGCGCUUGGCCUUGGCGUCUCGGCUGGUCGUCAGGGCCUCGACAAGGCGCGGCAUGUGCGGGAUCAGAUGGUCCUCGACGGCCUGCAGCACCUCCUGCUGCCGACCUGGGCGCAAUGUAAGCGUUGACAGGGAGAUGAGUACACAAUGGAUGGGCAAACGAGUGGCCUGCGUACCUGUUUGCGCUUUCUUUGGGAUGUUCUGGAUGGCGCCAUCGGUCAUGACCUCGGCCAGCACGUCCGUCCAAAACUCACCACGCUCUGCCACGUGCGCCUCGUCGAGGCAGAUGUCCAUGGCCUUGCCCAGCAGGCGCAUCCACUGGCUUGCAUGAGCUGACGCGGGCGCCCGGGGGCUGAACAGCAUCGUGAGAAACAUGAAGGCACCGCCUGCACGCAAACACACGAGUCGGAGGGACAAGGAUAUGAUGUCAUACUCUCUAAACUGUCGUCUUGUGCCGCCCCACCCACCGUCGUACGGCGGGAUCUUGAGAAGGGCCUCAGCGCGGCGGAUGAAUGCCUCGUGCUUGCGGAGGAUGACCUCACGGAGGUCCGUAGUGGCCCCUGCGCGUAGCGUACCGGUGACGAGGGCGUCGGCCAUACUCUUCAUGGAGUUCUCCUGUGUUGUUGCAGCCGUCACCAGCCGGAAAAUGGCGUGGUCGAGCAGCGAUUGCCGGGCAUAGUAGGGGGGAGGCAGGAGCUGCUCGAGCGCUGCAAACAGCUCCGUCGCCUCCUUCGGCUGCCAUUGGAAGGGGUACCUGGGAAGACGAAAAAAACAGCCUGAGUUAACUGCAGAGAGCUCGUGCAAGACUAUGUAUGAGAAGCGUGAGAGUGGCUCUGACUUUCGGGGCGAUUCGCUCCUUACCCAUGUUGCAGGAGCACCCAGAAUGUGACGGUGGCACUCUGCUGGAUGGUGCUGGAGAUGGGGUCUUCGCGGGCUGGACGCACCGAUGUGGAGGUCUUGAUGAUGGCGAGAAGCGGCUCAUGAAUUGGAUGGUCGCCGCUGGCCUGCUGCUUGAGAGAUCUGAGCUUGGCGGCGGGAUCUGCUGAAUGGGCGGCAUCCACGAGGCCAUCCACGCGCUUGAUCAGUUGACGCGCAUCGUCUGGUGCUUCUGCCAGCUUCUUGCUUAUCUCGUCCAGGCUGAAGCGCAGAUCUGAUUUGGAGCACUGCAUUGCCGCAAU